AUGCUGACCACUUGGUCCAGGCAAAAAGACAGUCCUUGGUCUGAUGGCACGCCCGGUCUCAGCCAACGACCCAUCCAGCCCGGGCAAAGUUUUGUAUACAAGUUCAAGGCUUCUCCUCCUGGAAAUCACUGGUACCACUCUCACGAGAAAAUGUCUCUCGUUGAUGGGCUUUAUGGAGCAAUUCACAUUCGGCCGAAGGAAGAUCGCACGGGAUUGUGGAGUCAAAUAAGCCAGGAUAAAGAAGACAUCAAAGCUAUGGAAAAGGCUGCACGCGAUCCCGAGUAUCUGGUCGUGUCGGAUUGGAGCCAGUAUACCUCGGAAGAAUACUGGAAGAUGUCUACUGAUUCGGGCCUUCUCGUAUUUUGUCUCGAUAGCAUUUUGGUCAACGGCAAAGGCGAGGUUUACUGCCCGGGUCAGGAAUUUCUUCAAAAGGAGCUCGCUCCAGGUCUGGUUCAGGACGCUUUCCCACCAGGCACCGAGGUCUCAGACAAAGGAUGUUUCCCAGCAGAUCUUGACCAAGUCCAAGGUGGCCCCUGGAACAUCACCAAACGCCCAGAUCUCAUACCACCACGCGUUCAGGAAGGCUGUGUUGCGUCCAAGCACGAGAAUGAGACUAUCGUCGUUGACCCACAUAGAAACAACGGCUGGGUUAGUAUGCAUAUCGUAGCUGCCGCCACGAUCGCUCAGAUUGCCUUUUCCGUGGAUUCUCACGAAUUUUGGCUGUACGAGAUUGAUGGCAACUACGUCAACCCCAAAAAGUUUGUCUCGGCAGUCAUGUCCGCCGGUGAGACCUUCUCGAUUAUGAUGAAACUAGAUCAAGAGCCGGGAAGAUAUACAAUGCGCGUACCCAACUCUGGGGCUUCGCAGGUACUAGGGGCCUUUGCCGAAAUGGUUUACGAAGGACACGAGCGUGCGGAGAAAUCGGGGAGGGCAUACCUGUCUUAUGGAGGCAACCCGACUUCACCAGAUGUCGAGAAGAAUUCAUUCUUUCCAUGGCAACUGGAUACAGAUCACAUGUCGCCGUGGCCUGCCAAUAAGCCCCGACCUGGCAAGGCUGACGAAGAGCAUCUUCUGGUGCUUGGCCGCGUUGGCGCUCCCUACAAGUACACCAUGAACACCAAGUACUUAUACCCCGUCGAUUUUCAAAACAAUGAUCCUCUAUUAUUUUAUCCCGACGCAACCUGUGGUACCGAGAAUGAUGGCCUGGUGCUUCGCACCAAAAACGGGUCUUGGGUUGAUCUCAUUCUGCAAGUUUCUACCCUACCUGGAGAUACAUCAUCAUUUGAGCAUUUUAUGCAUAAACACGGCAGCAAAACUUGGAGAAUUGGUUUCGGAACUGGUGUCUGGAAUUAUACCAGCGUAGAAGAGGCUAUUCAAGAACGGCCCCAGGAUUUCAACUUGGAGACCCCUGGCUUGCGCGAUACGUGGAUCACAGCAUUCUCAAUCGGUGGCGAGGCAUACUGGAGCGUUUUCAGGUACUAUGUGGAUAACCCGGGACCAUGGCUAUUUCAUUGUCACAUUGAGCUUCAUUUGAUGGGUGGCAUGGGCAUUGCAAUCUUGGAUGGUGUGGAUGCAUGGCCUGAGCAUAUUCCAGAAGAAUAUCGACUGGAUUAG